AUGAAUGACCUUUGCAAUGGUUUUGAACCACAGAAUUAUCUGAAGGAGAGGUGUAAAAAGUGUUUUCGGCCCAAGGUAAGAUAGAACUCUGUCUCUCAAAUAUUCAAACAAGAUUACGUUUAGGACAAGCAUGUCGAAGACACCACAGUCACGUUGUCGGCGUUGAAAAAGGAACGGAGAAGAAGUUGGAAAACCGCAAACAAUCUGGAUAAUGGAGGACCUGACGAUGGUGAGUUUGUACUCAAAUUCUGGAAUAGACGAAGACAAAAACAAAUCCGAGUUUUGACCGACCAAAGUGUAAUUGCCUCACUUGCUCAUGAGAGUCAAAAGUGUCAAAACAGAUGGGUCCGAUAGAUAUGAAGGCUUUUCCAACUUUUGUUCAUGACUCGCUCAAGUGUUUUCUUAACCUGCUGCCCACGAGCUAUAUAAAAUGUUCUCAUUUUGUGGGUACAAAUUGUUAGGUACACUCCCCUUUCUUCAAGGUGACGUGUUAACCCUAUUUGUCGAAUCCAGGAUCUCAAUUCUUCAAAUACCUUUUGUUUUACAUAACAUCGCUUGAUUUCUACUUGUAAGGCUCUGAAGAAAGCGUAGGCGGCUUCAAACUCCUCUGGGUAUUAAAAUACAAAUCUACUUACCACAAUUUCCUGUGCCCACAAAACUCGGAGAGCUCUUCGCCGGAGCACACGACUCGCCUCACUUUUCGCGUCCUUCUCUUCUGCCCGCCGCCGCCCCCGUUGCCCCGUUGCCCCGUUUUGCAAUGUGAUUCUUGACUCUCUUCACAGAAGUGCUAUGGGUAAUCAGAUAUCAUGCGCUCCACCGGAAGACGUCAGGGAUACGGUCUCGGUCUCUUCCUAUUUUUCGGUCGCUUCCGGCCUAGGCACCGAUAGCUCAGUAACUGCUGCUGCUGCUGAUAAUAGGAAUGGGAAUCUGAUUGCAAAUGCAAAAACAUUGCCUCAAAUACGUGAGUUUUGUAGGUAGUAGGAAUUCGGAUAACUAUUUCUGGAUUAGGCAGAAAAUAGAAACAAUUUCAGAUGACACCGAAGCAUUGUCGGUCUCCUCGUACCUGUCGGCCACGUCAAAAGGCAUGUCAUCGACCAAAUCGUGCGAAAGUGUGAAUGACACUAAAAGCAUGGUGACAGCGUUCAGCGGUAGCAUUUGCGAAGAAGAACGGGCCAUUACACCGACGGAAAACGAAGUGAGUAUCUUUUUUCCUUUUCAUCGACUUUAUUCCAACUACUCCGCUUCCUUUCCUUUCACCAAUCUGUCUUUUUUUCAGACAGAAUACAUCCACACCUUGAAAGAAGAGAUCAGUCAGUUAAGGGAUAUCAACCAUAGUUUGAAGGUGAGGACAAGUUAGGAGGAAAUAGGGCAAAAGCGACUUGCCCUCUUUAUUCUUCUUCUUUUCUGUUUUCUCCUUUUUUUGAAAAGAAGAUGCAAUCGAGUUAUGACGAUGUCUUUUUAGGAGGAGAAAGCGCAGUGGGCUCUCCGUCAACGACUUCAGAACGCCGAACAAAGCGAGUCAUCUUUGAUCAAUAUGCUUGAAGAUCGUCUGAAUCAAGCUGAAAAUCAGAUUCAAGACUAUCGGGAUGAGAAUACGGUGUUGAAGUGUGAGCUCAGAGAGUUGCAGGUGAAAUACAAUCCAUUUUCCGUUUCAUUGAGAGAUUUUGUUUAGGAAACCACGUACGCCACGUCAGAUGAGAAACUUCGUGAGAAGAUUCGUACCACGGAAGGAUUAUGCGAUGAGUUGAUGGAAGAAAACGAGCAGCUCAAGGCGGAGGUCAAAGAUUUGCAGCAGGAAAUUGAAGAGAUGCAGGUUCGUCGCUUCAUUUUGUUCCCAUACUUUUUUCUUCUUUUCAGGACCAAUAUAGAGAAGAAGAGAUUGAAGAGUUCAGAGAACUUCAAAGGGAACUCGAGCUCAAUGCCAAGAACUGCCGUGUUCUUCAGUUCAAACUGCGUAAAACGGAAAGGAAUAAAGAGCAAGUGGAGGCUGAGAAGAUGCACUCGGAGAAAAAGUUGGAGGAGUACAUGAACAGUUGCCCCGAAGCAGUGGCUGCAUCCAUCAAGUCAGACAGUGCAAAAGUGAAGGAGUUAGAGUACGAGAUCAGGGUGGCCAAGGAAGUCUCGGUUCGCCUGCACAAUGAGCUCGAGCAAACUGAAGAGAAGAGGUGUAAACUGGAAGAUGAGGUCUUCUACCUGAAAGAGAAAGUCAGGGAGAUGCAGACGCAGAAUAAGUGGAGAGAAGCACGCAACAAAACGGACAUUGCUGUUGUGAGAACUUGCGAUCAAUUAAUUGUUUUUAACUUUUUUUGUUCAGAAACGUUUGUCUGCUGAAAUUGCCGCAAGUGUUCCCAACAUCCCGGAGAAUGAAAUGUCCAAAGAGCUCCGUGAUGCUCUCGAAAGGGAAAUUGACCUUCGUGAGCAGCUCCGAUUCUCUGAAGAAGACUUGAAGAGGACUCAGAUCCGAUUGCAGGUGAGUAUUUUAUGCACUCUUGUUCGGAAAAUUCAUUUUACUUUCAGGACGUUGAGAAUGAGAACGACGAGCUUCUGAAAAAGCUAUCAAAGGCGAGCAAACUGCGUCCGCCCAUGAUCCGAUCGGCUAGGUUGGUCACUGCGUGUUGUGCUCAAGUGCGUAUCUAGUCUUUGUCUUUUACUUUAAAUGUGGCAAUUUAUGGUAAAAACUAACAACGCACACUUGUGAACACGUAGAUAGAAAUAUCAGAAACAGAACAUAAUAACACAUUUCAGGAGGUUAGUCUCGUUAUAAUUUAUAUAUUCGACAUUGGUUUGUUUGUUUGUCUGUUUUUUCUCUCUUUGAAAAUUGUUUUUGAUGCUUUUUGUGUGUUCAAAAAUCCACGUUUAGUUAGUAAUCCAAUCUGUUGAAGGGAAAACUUCAAACUUCUCUCUUUUCUACUUCUCUCUUCUUCUCUGGGUUCUUUUUUCUCUUCAAUUUUAUGUUUGUGUGUUGAUGGGCUUACUGUAAUUGUCUUGGUGGUAAUGUUUGUGUUUUCAGCGAUGGAAAUGCUCACCUGCAAUUGGAGUUGGCAGAGAGCCAAGUGCAACAUUUGAACACCAAGGUCGAAAGGCUCGAAAAGACCAACGACCACCUGAACAAGAAGUACUAUCUCGAAAAAAUUACUUUCUCUCACUUUUUCAUUUCAGAAUCGUCGAAUUGGAGGCCGACUGCAAGCGUGGGGGCGUAACAUUAGCCCAUUCCAAGGCUGGCGAAUUCAAAUUGACGCCCGAAAUGGAAAAGGACAUGUCAAAGAUGAUAUCGACAAUCAGCGAGCUCGAGCGCAAAAACCUUGAGCUCACAACUCAGGUCAAACAGUUGGAAACGAAAACGUUGAAGCCGAACUUUGUUGUGCCGUCUGGAACAACGACGACCGAGUUGCGAAAAGAGCAGGAGAAACGAAAAGCGCUCGAAGCUCAAGUCAAUGAGCUCAAAACAACAGUAUUCAAGUCCGAUAAUCAGAAAGUGAUCUCCCUGGCCACCAAGAUUGAGCAGUUGAACGGUCAGCUGCAGAUGGUGAACGAGAGAUGUACUACACUUCACAAAAAACAGACAAAAGACGGGGAGACGCAGUAUUCGGAUGAGCUCAAACGGCGCAUUGAAGAUCUCGAGAAGCAGUUAAGUGAGAAACUGGCAAUCGAGACUGUGGGCGAGCUGCAAGGAAAGGUGCCGACUAUUGAUGAGAUCGAGCAGUGUUGUGAGGUGCUCGCAGCCGUUGAGACUCAGACCGGAAGGCUGUGCAAACAGUUUGAGAAAAUUGAUCAUGCACAGAAGGUGAGCUGAACAAUACGAAACGUGUAGUAUCUUAAAUUUCAGGACGAAAGACGUCGUUCGCUCUCCAAAGACAGUGGAGCAGCGAUCAUUGUUGAACUGGCGAAUGUCAUGCAAGAAAUGAAAAAUGUGCACCUGAAAUUGGACAAUAUCAAGAGUGCAACACCGGGAGCGACAGUGAAGAAAGUGCCAAGCAAGGAGAAUCUUCUGGAAGCAAAGUGCCCCAAGUGUGAUCAACUGCAGCAGAACAUUGAAGAGCAAACAAAUGAGAUCUCAUUCUACAAAAAGAAGAACAAGGAUUUGACGAAUCAAGUGCUGCAGACUGAAGAUCGCUGGACAAUUGAGAUUGAGAAACAGCGGCAGAUUUUCGAGAAGGAGAUCAAGACGCUGGGUAUCAGAAUUGCGGAUCUCAAGCGGCAAAAUGAUGAGCUCUCGGAGCUGUUGGAGUCCAAGUCGACUACUUUGAUCGAGAAAACGAGGGCUUUGGAAGAACAAGAAGAGAGAAAUAAGAAGUUGAGAGUAGAAGUGGAGGCACUAAGGAAGGAAAUGCAAGAAAUGGAGACGGAUAAGAAGACGGUCAAGGAAUUCGAGAUCAAGUACAAAAAACUGGAGAGUAUUUUUGAAGCCGAAAGAGAAAAAAUGAACGGAGAGAGGAAUCGGUCGAAGAACGAGCUGGCGGCGAUGAAAAAGAUGAAGGAUGAUGCGGAAGAGCAUUUGAGUACGGUUAUGAACCCUUAUUGGCAUAUUUAUCUUUUCUUAUUUACAGAGAAGUUGACCGAAGAUCACAAGAAGAGUGAUUCGGCGUGGAAACUUGAGAAACUGAAACUGGAGAAAGAGAUUGCAACGCUCAAGAAGCAAUUGCCGGAUGAACAUGAAAUGAAGGAGUCCACAUGUAAGAUUUCAAACUUAGCAUGAAUGAAAUCACGUUAUUAUUUUUCAGCAACUCCACAAAACUCAUUUUCCGGGGAGUCUUCGCCACUCCGCCGUCAGGACAGUGAGAAAAUGUUGGUAUUAGAACUCAAAAAGCAAAUGUCAAUCCUGGAAAAGAGAAUCGCCGACUCUGACUCAUCACUUGAGGAGUGUCGCAUUCAAAAUGCCGAACUGAAAGAUCAACUGUCAAAAGUGCAACAGAGCUGGGACAAGGACAAGGAGGCGUUCCAGCACAAAACCCGGAAAAGUGAAAAGCUGAGGACAGUGGAGAUUGAUGCGAUGCAGCAGAAGUUCAGCAGUAGGAUGAGGAUCAUGGAGGACACCAAUAAGGCACUCCACUCGCAGGUAAGACUACUAUAUUGGAUUGACUGUGAAUUCUGAACGUGCUUUUCAGUUGGUGUUGGCUAGAAGGGAACGUGAUACCAACAAAGAAGCGCUCGCUAACUUUGAAAAGCAAGUGUGCGAUGAGAGAAGCAGUUUGAAAGUCAAAGAAAAAACUGCCAGCGAGUCAACUGAAAGAGUCAAAGAAUUGGUUAGUUGGUCACUUUUUUCAUUUCAAUUUUUCAACUCACCUAACCUUUGUCACAGAAAACACACAUUUACCACGUUUAACACACGUUUGUUUGCUAUGCUUUGUCCCAUUACAAUAACAUAAUCACGGGUACCAUCACAUGCAACUAACCAAGUUUGACCUUACGUAGUAUUCAGGUAAAUUUGCAUAAUUGAACAAGACUUGAAAUAUUGUCGUUUUAGCAAAAUCGGUUAGCUGCUAAAGAAGAAGAACUGGAGCGCUUGAACACGGACUUACGGUUAACAAAAGAAGCACGGAAAGCCGAUCAAAUCCUGUGGAAUAUUGAUAGAGCACGAGGUCGCAACGAAAAGAUUGAUAAUACUGAUUCGGUGGAAACGAUUCGGAAGCAAUAUCGGGAUUGUGAGACAUUCUAUUCGAAGGAAAUGGAUCGGUUGAACGACAAGAUAACGGAGAUAACUGCAGAGAAGAAUCGGCAGAAAAAUGAGGCGCAGAAGACGAUCCGAGUACUCGGAGAGCAGAUUCGUGUGCUCGAGAUUGAGCAGAAGAACUUGUCGCAGAAUAAGGACAGCCAGCAGGUUGUUAAGGUAAGCAAACAUUAAGAAACAAGAAACUUAAAAAAUUGACUUUAGGAAAUGAUUGAAUCUGAAAGAGAACGUCUCCAACAAAUUGUGCAUCUCAAUGAACUCCAAAAGCUUACUCGAAAGUACCGCUUGAGCAGUAUCAUUGACCAACUCGCGUACGUCAGUGAAGCUACCCGGAAGACUUCUCGCGAGAAUGAGCCUGAUGGAAUACGGUACAUCAUCAACCAACUCACCGUUUUAAGGGAUGACGAAGCAGCCAACAAUUUGAAUCCGUAAGAAGACGUGUCUUUUCAAUAACCAAAUUGCCUUUCAGAGAUGAGAGAGCAGGGUCCGUGCUCGGUGAAAAGGUUUCAAACGGGUAUGCGCCAUCGAUAUCAGAAUGUGGAGAGGGUACUUACGACAACAUUAGUCAGUCCUCGUUCUCGAUUCGGUCAGUCACCAGUGCUCCGCUUCGUCACGCCUACAGGUGAGUUUCCCAUAGAACCCUUUUCCACUUCUACAGUAAUCUCUAGAUGUUUUUCGUAUUUUACAUCACUUUCAUUCGUGAUGUGUGUCCAUUCAGUUCAUUUACUACCCACUUCUACUGCGCAUGUGUCUUUUUCUCUAUCAUUUCCAGAAAUGCUAACCUUCCAAUUCCAACUACUAUCGCUUCUGUUUCGACGACAAUUAGUGAAACUGAGCCGUAUUAUAGUAAACCGGAAAAGUUGAACGCCAUCAGCAAUUACACGACGAAGCGCUCAUUCAGGUAGGUUUUUGCCGUCUUUUUUGUUGUUUGUUGUUGAAAGUUUCUGUGGAAUAUGUGAUUUUGACUUUAUCUCUCAGUUACUCUAACUGGUACUUUCAAAAAGUAUAGUAGAAUCCGCAGAAUAUCUGAUUGGAAGAAAUUUGAAACUGAUAUUAUCAAUGUUAAGCACUGAAAGUUCAAGUGGGUUUGACAAGUACGGACGUCCAAACAGAAGAGGUCUUUAUUACGAGCCAUCCUCCAGUAACAACCUAAGUGAGUUCUUAGUUGAACUAUAGCUGAGCUUUUAAGAUUUAAUUUCAGGCGUGCCGGGUAGAAAAACAUCCAACGAAGAGUACUCGAUGAGUCGCGCGGCUUCGUUUGACAACCGCAGUCAGUUCAGUGAAGACGAGGUGACCGAAGAUGGCAGCCGAUCCCGUCCCAACAGCACCGGCGCCAACAUCUUGUACAGAGUGAGGAGAGAAGAGUUGGCUCGCGGCGGACAGCCAUCAGUCAAGUUAAUGGCCAAGGCGUUUGAGGCGAUUGAUGAGCCGCGCGUGGACAAACGAGGCUUUUUCGGCAUUAGGAAGUCGCGAUCGGUGGAGACAACUCAGAAUGGGAAGCAGAGGAAAUUUGUUCGUUUUUCUUCUACUUUUUUGCAUCUAGAAACAUUGACGUUCAGGAAGAAGCUGCCAACUCAGCGUUGAUGCACAGUCUCGGGCAAGUCGAGGAAGGUGUUAGCAGUAAUUACGCUACAUUGCCAAGAGGUAAAGCAAUUUUUACCGCAAAAACUAUGUCACUUUUCCUGUAGGUGGUCGCAAUCCGUUCAAAAAUAUGGGAUCUCGUCUUGUGGAACGUGUUCGACGAAGUUUGUCACGAUCCAGUAGACAAUCAAGGGAUUCGGACAGAGAAGAUGAGAUUGAAGUGCAGGUGUACAAGAAGGUAGAAUUUUUCCCAACAACGGUGACUAAUCAAUUUAUAAUUUCAGCCCGAAAAACCGAUCUCUUCUCCAAAAAAGACCAAAAAGAAGUCGGCAGAAUCGAAAGCUCGCAAGAACUCCGCCAACAUACUGACAUAA